AUGGACGACACAGACACCCUCAUUGCCCUCGUCUCCAGUCUCCUCCCUGAGCCCCACACCAAUGAUACUAUAAUCGAUGCACUCGUACAAUCCAACGGAGAUGUCGAAUCCGCCGCCCGAUAUCUCCAGUCUGACGUUGGAUCUUCCAAGAAACGCAAAGGCGUCGAUCUCGAGACAUGGCUAAAGCCUCCUUCAAAGAAGGCAAAAAAACCCGAAUCGCAAACCUCUUCUUCUUCAGCACAUGUUACUCCAGAACCCGUCGAUAUCUCUCCUUCAAAGCACAAGAAGCCACCUUCGAGUUCAAGUUCGAAACCGACUGACUUGAUGGCGAUUUUACGCCCACCCCCUUCUCCACGUAAAGAUCCCCCUCGUUUCCCCCCCAUGACGCUGUCUACCCCGGAAUUAGUGGCCCAGCACACGCCCUGUACGCUGCAUCUAUCGGUACUUCCACCCGACCUCGCGUGUCGGCUCUUCUACACCAUGAAAGACGCGUCGAGAGAGUGGAAGAGGAACACCUGGUGGCUUUUCGAUCGGGUGGUCGAAAGUCCUCAUCUGACGUCCUUUUUUACGCGUCGGACCGAUGGAUUAGACAACGAUGAGUCGUGGCAUGAGGCUGCACAGUUCUGGUAUAAUGGACGCCCAAACGGCGCUCCGGCCCCAUUUCCUCUUGAGAUGGAGGAGGCAUGCAAGAUCAUUGAAAGUGUCUUAAACGAUGAGAUGCGGAAGCGCAAACGAUACAAGCGCGAGUGGGGCGGAACCCCAGAUGGCGAUCCUCUCUGGAGAGCCAAUGUCGCUGCUUCGAAUUGUUAUCAAGGCGGCAAGGAGAGUGUGGGAUUUCACUCUGACCAGCUCACUUAUCUCGGGCCCUACCCUACCAUCGCGUCUCUGAGCCUUGGGACACGACGAAACUUCAGCCUCCGCGAGGUUGUCCCAACUGACCAGACGGGGAUGAGGAAGGCUCAGACAUUUAACAUCCCCCUUCCACACAACUCUCUGACGAUCAUGCACGCGUCGUGUCAAGAGAGAUUCAAACAUUCGAUACCUCCUCAAAAUGCUAUCGAUCUCUUCAGGCCCACGUUCCCCAGGACACCCAACGGCACGGCCGAACCCUCAAAUUGUCGAAUCAAUAUCACAUUCCGGUUCUAUCGCCCAGAUUUUCGUCCAAAAAGCAUUCCUCGCUGUAAAUGCGGGGUACCUAUGGCUCUUCGACCUGAUAUGAAGAAUCGGAACGAAGAAGAGACCGAUCGAUACUGGUGGUCUUGCUACGCGGGUGCACAGAACGAUGGGAAAGGGUGCAAGUAUUGGAAAGUCAUGAAUAUGAAAGGGGAAGGUCGUGGCCCAUGUGUUGGCGACUUAAACACAUCGAGGACAGAUGAGAACCCCGAAGCUGCCUGA